GUUCCCUUCACAUCCGCCCGCGCGCACGACUUUACCUCGUGUAUAUGUAGGAGCCACGCACACAAACCACCAAACCACGAUGAUGGGGGAACUAUGGAACGGGUGAUUGUCCAGAGUGUCAGCCCACUGAUAUCCUUAUCAGUGAGUAUUGACCAACAAUUGCGUGUCUCUGUUAUCCGUCUGAUAUAAAACGGAAUGUUCGAUCAUGUCACCGCGAAGGUAUUUAGCAUCACGUCCGCGGAAGUGUUUCCCGAAAGGAAUGAUAUCGCAAAUUACGUGACAUGGCGUGAUUCGGUCACGCAGCUAAAGUAGAAUUUUGCAAGGGCGUGUGGAGGAGGAGGUUAUGCGAACUCUUUAUUAUAUCUGUCAAACGCGUUAGCAGCAAUGGACGAGCACAUGCAUUUGUGGCGGGACGCCAACAAGUUGUCGUUCGCAUUCGAGGACAAACCGAACGGUAUCAUUUCCAAGCUCGUCGCCGUUAGAGAUCACAUUUUUUUAACGACCACGAGCAACGGUCUUUAUUACGGCGAGGUGUCGUUCUCGGAGACCGCGUCGCCGAGACUCGCCGUGUUCAAACGAUCCGGUCUCGACGCCGUCGACGUAGCGUCGAAUUCCGAACAUUUGUUCGUUGUAAAUACAAACGGACACGUUUUGAAAGUAAAUCCCGAGAAUAUGGGCGUUGUGGACACGAUAAUAAUCAAGGAAGAAGUGAAGUAUUGCAGCCACGGAUACAAGGACAACGAGGUGGUGAAGGUGAAGUCUGUUGCUGUGAGCGAUCACGCGGCGUUGUUUGUCACCGAAAACGGACAGCUUUGGGCUAGCGGCAAUCAGCCUCAAAUAGAGAUAAGCAGCGCAGAACCAAAGAGAGUUGGAUUCUUUCGAGGAAAGACGGUGUCCGAGGUCGCUUGCGGUUCGAAUUUCAAUGUAGUUACCGUUAGAAAAAGUAAUAAGCUCAUAAAAGACGACACCGACAGCGAAAACGAUUCGGAGGAAGAAGUAUUUGUUAAUUCUUGUCCGCAAUGUCUGAACAACGUUAGGCUGAGUCCGGGCAGUGUGACGUCUUCGGACACGUGUCUCACCGGUCCUCACGCCCAGCAGUUCAGCGAGGAUCGAUCAACAAACUCCAUUAGCGCUUUGUCCACCGCCAGCAAAGAACAUCUUUUUCUGCCGGAGAUAGACAAGAGGGAACAGUAUUCUUCCGGUAUUGUUGAGAACGGCGAGGAUUGUCUCGGUAAUUUGACGGAUUGCGAAAAAGGCGAGAAGAAGAACGUUAUAUUCAUAAACACCGAGACCGCUCGGCAGUUUCUAACCAGACAGUUGUCUUGGGUCUCGUCCUACGGGAGCGCCAAGGAGGACAUUCCUUUGGAGAGCGUCGAUCGAUCGACCAGAUUGAUCAAGCAAAAUGUAUCGACUGUGGCGAACUUGGUUUACGAGGGAGUGAAAAAUGUCGGAGGCAAAGUCGUAACUUUAUCCAGACACAUGAGCGGAAGUUCCGAUAUCAACGAGUCCAAAGCUGACAGCAACGAGCACUUGGAAGAACAGGGAAUUAUUUACGCCAAACCCGCCACGACCAGUUUGGCGUUGAGUCUGCGAUGCGAGGAGUUUCCUUGGUCGUCGAGCACGGGUUCGUCGGAACACGAAUUGUCUCAGCAAGGAUUGAACGAAAGAAUCAACGCGCUCUCUCGCACCGGCAGCAACAUACUGGGAACAGAACUCUGGACAUGGGGCGACGUGCAUUACGGACAGUUGGGAACGGGUGAUAUAAUUAAACGAACGCAUCCGGUAUUGGUGGCAAAGCUCAGCAAUACCGGGAUCCGGAAAAUUUCCUGCGGUGCCUUUCACGUGCUUGCUUUAACAUUGGACGGUAGAGUGUUCGCAUGGGGACGUAACAACUUCAAACAGGUCGCGUUGCACAGCACAAUAGAUCAGAGCGCUCCUCAGUUAUUCGCCACAAAACUAUCUUCCGACGAAAGAGCCAUCGAUAUGGCAGCUGGUAACUUCCAUAGUCUGAUAAUGAUGCAUCACGGAUUGUAUUUUAUGGGCCAGUCGAAUAAGAUCGGCGAUAUGUUUCAACUUGACGUUCAAACGAAAGAAUCGAGCAGAUCUCCGAGAGAGAUCUUCAGUUCCGGACGAUACACUUGUUGUUCUGUGAUAAACGAGCCGGCAAUAAAUGUCGCGGAGAAUCUGAUAAGCGAUCAGAUCUUUCUCGAGGAGAUGUUGACUGUUUAUCAAAAUCUCAUCAGACCGUUUCAGAAGAAGAGCGUGGGCGCGACUCAGGAAGCGAAUGCGUACGAGACUCUGUGUCGUUGUUACGCAGAACUGAUGAAUUUUAAUGUAUUGAACGUUACGAGUUUGUGGGAUUAUUUCAAUCACAUCGGAGAGGCGUACGAAAUCGCGAUUGUUGCCAAUAUAGAGGAAUUUACCGCGGUGUACAAAUAUUAUUUAAAUGCUAUUUGCGACGUUAUGUCCCUCGGCGGUUUUGUGCAUAUUGCGAAACUUGUUGAAGUGCCACAAGUAGUAUCGAGUAUAUUUGUAGAUAGUUUGAAAAGUAGCGAUGUAAAAAGAAACAGCAAGGAUGUCAUUGUGACAAUGGCGUUGCAGCAUCCUUUGUGCAACCUGAACAGAUAUAAGGAUACGAUUCACAGUUUAAUAAAAAGCAACGGAACAAGAAUGGGGAUCGAACGGUUGCAAGAGGCUCUCAUAAAAUGGGAGCAGGUGCACGACGAACAAGAGAGACGUCAAAAGGAGGCGGAGGUCACGAAGUCGUUUUGGGAGAACUCCGGCAAACUGGGAGAAUCGUUGAGGUCGCCCAACAGAAGACUUGUCAGAGAAUCAAAGGCGUAUCCACUGUCGAUAUACAAUUCCGGCAGAUUCUCGUCUCAUUGGUUUGUCCUGUUGACGGAUAUUUUUAUACACGUUACCGGAACCACACACACGGUCCAUUCGCUGCGAACUUUAUGGGUGGAACCUCUGCCUGAUUCCGAAAACAUACAGAACGCUAUAUCGAUUGUUACGCCAGAAGAUAAUUUUAUAUUGUACACCCCCACUCCGCCUGAACGUAACGACUGGUUACACGCGCUACAAAAUACCAUAAAGUGCUGCUUGCAACGAGUGAUCGGAAUUGUGCCUCCUUUAGCACGCUCGAGCUCGUUUACGUUUACAAAACACAGCGUCUUCAAAGACGCAACUUACACCGGUCGAUGGCUUAACGGUAAACCGCACGGUUCUGGAAAACUGGAGUGGUCCGACGGUCGUUCGUACGUCGGUCAAUUUCACAAGGGAAUUAUUCAUGGAACUGGAAAGAUGGAAAUUCCGACGCAGGGCGUUUACGAGGGCCAGUGGAAGGACGGUCAGCAAAACGGAUACGGAACGAUGAAAUACGCCAAUGGAGAUUUUUACGAAGGAUAUUUUAAAGACGGAUUACCUCACGGCCACGGUGUGAAGAAAGAAGGUCACUUUAUGGCGUCGGUCGCGUCUGUUUACAUCGGAGAAUGGGCCGGCGGUGUCAAGCAGGGAUAUGGAAUAAUGGACGACAUUAUGACAGGUGAGAAAUAUCUCGGAUCGUGGAGCAACGGUAUGAAACACGGAAACGGUUUGAUUGUGACCCUCGAUGGCAUUUAUUACGAGGGCGCGUUCACGCAAGAUGUUCUCACGGGACAUGGAGUAAUGGUGUUUGAGGAUGGUACGCAUUACGAAGGUGAGUUCAAGUCGGCGGGAAUAUUCUGCGGAAAGGGUAUAUUGACGUUUCGAAGUGGCGACAGAUUGGAGGGCAAUAUGAACGGCGCUUGGAACGAAGGCGUUAAAGUUAUCGCCACGUUGCACAUAAACAAAGCUAACGGAACUGCACAACCAAAUUCGAAGCCAGCGUCCUUCGGAAAAUUAUGCGUACCUCCCGAUCAAAAGUGGAAAGCCAUAUUCAAGCAGUGCUAUCAGCAGCUCGGCGUCUCCGAGACGAUCGCCAAAGGUACUAACGAGAAGUCCGAUACGCAAAGAGUCUGGCAAAAUGUCGCCAGCAUAAUAACGAAGUCCCAUCAGAGAACGUUGCAACGAAAGAAGCUCUCGGCCAGUGUUCCAAACGCGAAGGAAAGAAACAGCGAGACGAUCGAUCAGCUGGACAAGAUCCCGUGCUUCGAACGGGACAAACUCACUCCUCAGACCUACAACGAAAUUCACAAGUAUUUGGUGAAAGCUUUCGAGAGUCCGCAUCAUCCGCUGGGCGCUCUUCUGACGGAGGUGGCUGCGGUAUACACAGCUACGUACGGCGGGGUGCGAGUCCAUCCGCUAUUACUCAGCCACGCAGUUUCGGAGCUUCACAGUAUCGCGACGAGGAUAUACGAGAUCGUGCUUCUUCUGUUUCCGGCUCUACCGCGCUGCGGCAAGGAAUACGUUCUCGAGGCCAACGACAAGGAGGAAGAGCAAGUCAUAAGCGCGGCCGCGAUACUUCAUCCGAUAUUACUGCCACGUGUACAUUCAGCGCUUUUUGUAUUAUAUGCCUUACACAAUAAGAAGGAGGACGACGCGUACUGGGAAAGAUUGAUGAAGUGGAACAAGCAGCCCGACAUCACUCUGAUGGCCUUUCUCGAGAUUGAUCAAAAAUUUUGGAAAACUACGAACGUAAUAAACCUCACUGAUACUUCGUUACCUCAACACGAGCCGUACUUCAGUAGUGCUAUAGAAACUUUACAGCAGCUUAAGACAACUUUCUCGCCUUUGGAAAAGUUGUUGGUAGUUAGAAACACAUUUGAACAAAUGACGCAAGUAGUACAAAAACAACUGGGAUCUACAUACUUAUGGACGAUGGACGAACUGUUUCCGGUAUUUAGUUUCGUUGUCGUUCGCGCUAGCGUGUUGCAGUUAGGAAGCGAGAUACACUUCAUCGAAGACUUCAUGGAGCCGUAUUUGCAAAAUGGCGAGCUCGGUAUUAUGUUCACCACUCUCAAGGCGUGUUACUACCAGAUACUGCAAGAGAAAAUGAACAUGGGCGAUUGAAUUUGCGGAUAUACAUAUACAGUAUAAAUGAUUACGUUUCAAAUAUGUAAGCAUGAUAUAUAUUGGAUUGAAGUAAUAUCGCGUUUAUUUUCAAAACAAAAUCAUUACGGCAGGAUAAAGUGCGCGUGAAUGCAUCAAAGAUAUUAUUAGUACGACGAUUGAAAAGUGAUAUAAAUAUUGCAUUUACGAUGCGAAAUCUUGUUUGUACGAAGAGCCAAAUUAGCAACAUAUCAGUUCGUUAUAAAUGUCAGUUUGAGACAUUCGGCGAAUUUUUAUAAUGUGUGUAUGAGUUAGAUGCGAAACCUCUCUUAGUUUAUACUUCUUAAUUUCUCAAACCGCGUCGAAUACCCGUGAAGUGCACAUAUAGUUUAAUAUUGUGAUGUAAGAAGUUGAGAGUUACCUUGUUUUCACACACAUCUGAGAUUAGCUUGUGACGGAGCAGUUGUUUGAUCAAUUAUGUAGAUUGUUUACACAAUCGAACCGAAUUUGUCAAACUUGUACAAGAAUCAGAAUGUUUCAAAAUUUCUUCCCGCAUACGUACGCGAUUACGUACAACUGCAACAAGUAUUGUGCAACAAAAUUAGGUUUUUGGAAUACUCGCAGGUAUUAUUUUACAUGUGAUACCAUACAACGUGUAUGUGUUCUUCGAAUCUGUGUAUUUCCUAUUUUUACUUUAUUUCCAUGUACACACAAAUGUAAUAUAUUAAUGAACAUAGUGUCCAUCAACCAAUAAUGUAUGUACCUGAAACAUUCUCUAUAUAAAUAUAUAUAUAUAUAUAUAUACACAUAUAUAUAUAUAUAUAUAUACAAAUGUAAUAAUUCCGAAGUUAAUUCGAGUUUGUGUUGCCCGAUAU